UGGUGUGAGGAGUGGGGAGCCCAGGCAGCAGCCCAGAUGGGAUCAGGGAACUGGUAGCCCGGGGGCUAGAGCCCUCCACCCACCCCAGGCCGCAGCCCCAGCUUUGAGCAGCUUUCUUGUCAAUUUCAUGGCUCCAGCACAGAAAGAACGGCCACCAGCCGAUGCAGUGCCCUCAAAUCCCACACGGCUCCCUGCACCUUACACUGCCCUCCUUUACCCAGCCAGGAUGGAUCCCCUGCCUCUGCUCAUCUACCUGUUCGCAGUGCUGGCACCAAGCCGUGGAUUCAGCGUGGACGUGGAGGUACCCAUCAUCUACAAGGAGGCAGCAGCGGGCUUUGGGCAGAGCGUGGUGCAGUUCGGGAGUGCCAGAGCCGGGGGGCUGAUCAUUGGGGCCCCUCUGCAGACGGGAGACGUGAAUGAAACUGGCAAAGUCUACAGGUGUGACCUGGACCCCAGACGCUGCCAGGAGAUCCCCAUCCAGAGGCCCCCGGAUGCAGUAAACAUGUCCCUCGGAUUGUCUCUGGCUGCCCGAGACUCCAAACUCCUGGUGUGCGGCCCCUCAGUGCACCAGGCCUGUGGGGAGAACAUGUACAUCAAGGGCUACUGCUUCAUCCUGGACCAGAGCCUCCGGCAGCUCCAGCGCAUCCCGGACACCCUGGCAGAGUGCCCCAGACGUGCCACAGACAUAGUGCUCCUCAUCGACGGCUCGGGCAGCAUUGAACCUGAGGACUUUGAAAAGAUGAAGACGUUUCUCUCUGAGAUCAUGAAGCGUUUCCACAGCACUGACACGCAGUUCGCCCUCAUGCAGUACUCCCACAGCUUUAGAGACCACUUCGACUUCGCACAGUACAGGAGGAGCAGAGACCUCAGUCGCCUCCUCAGAUCGGUCUGGCAGCUCAGGGGAGCGACGCACACGGCCAGCGCCAUCCGGAAAGUGGUGCAGCAGCUGUUCACCUCUGAGAGAGGCGCUCGGGAUGAGGCCACCAAGAUUCUCAUUGUAAUCACAGAUGGGGAGAAAUCUGGAGACAUGCUUUCUUAUUCAGAUGUCAUACCCGAGGCUGAGAGAGCUGGAAUCAUCCGCUACGCCAUCGGGGUUGGCAAUGCCUUCUUCAGCGCUCGUGCCCAAAACGAACUCCAGGAGAUCGCCUCUAAGCCCAGCAAUGAGCACGUCUUCCGUGUGGAUAAUUUCGACGCCCUCCAGAGCAUCCAGAGCCAGCUGCAGGAGAAAAUCUUUGCCAUUGAAGGCACCCAGUCUCAAAGCGGCAGCUCCUUCCAGCUGGAGAUGUCUCAGGAAGGAUUCAGCUCCCUGCUGUCUCCUGACGGGCCUGUGCUGGGAGCAGUGGGAGCCUAUGACUGGUCCGGUGGGAUAUAUCUUUACGGGAGCGGCGGGAAGCCGAGCUUCAUCAAUGUAUCCAGAACCUCCACUGACAUGAAUGAUGCUUACCUCGGUUAUUCGUCUCAGGUCAUCACAGCCAAUGGGCAGAGCAGCUACGUGGUCGGGGCCCCUCGCUACCAACAUGCCGGAAAAGUCAUCCUGUUCAGCCAAGAUACCAAGGGCAGGGAAUGGACACCCAGAUCGGAGCUGUCAGGAGAACAGAUUGGCUCAUAUUUUGGGGGUACACUGUGCGCUGUGGACCUCGACAGAGAUGGGAACACAGACCUGGUUCUAAUUGGAGCCCCCAUGUACUAUACACGUCUGAAUGGAGGACGGGUCUAUAACUGCCCGAUUAACUGGCCGAGGCUGACACUGAUCUGCACCGAGACACUGCAAGGACAGACGGAGCAGGCAUUUGGGCGCUUUGGGGCCAGCAUGUCUGAAAUCGGGGACAUCAGUGGGGACGGUCAGACGGAUGUGGCCAUCGGGGCCCCAAUGGAGAACGACAAUCGUGGAGCCUUGUACAUUUUCCAUGGGGGAAAGAGAGGCUUCAGUCCCCAGUACAGACAGGCUGUCAGUGCGGGACCAGACCUGAGCGGGGAUGGGCUGCCAGACAUCGCAGUGGGGCACCGGCCUGCUGCUAGGCAAUGGGAUCCCAGCACCAUCCGUACACGCCUGGCCUGCGACCUCCGGCGGACAAAGAUCCGAGCUGCCUUUGCUCACCUGCCCUGUCCUGAGACAGGAGCUGCGGCCGGCAUUGAGAAGAAUGUCUUGAGCACCCUGGUGGUGGGGGUCACCCCUGAACUCAACACCACCGUCUCCAUCCAGAACCGUGGUGAGAAUUCCUACAGCACCACGGUGCAGUUUUUCUACCCGGCCGCGCUGUCCUACCGCCGGGUCCUGCUGCUCCAGUCUAACAGGAGGGCCGUGGCAGUUAGGUGCAGCUCGGCUGUGGGUUCCAAGGAGCAGACUCAGAGGAACAGCACCUGCCACGUCAACCACCCCAUCUUCUGGAGCGGGGCCGAGGCCGUCUUCAUCGCCACCUUCGACGUCUCCUCUGAGGCCGACCUGGGGGACAGGCUGCAGAUCAUGGCCAAUGCCAGCAGUGACAAUGGCGGCCCCAUCACCGAGCGCAUGAUUCCCGGCGGGAGCUGCCGGAAAUACGGAUCUACAUCUCACCAGGAGGUUCAGUGCGGAGACGGAGGGAGAGGCCCCUACUGGUCCCGUUCCCUGCAGCACAGCGCCCUGUCAAGAACCUGCGGCAGCGAAGCGUCCCAUUCGCACGUCCAGUUCCGUGAGACUGAGGCGGGUCCGGGGUGGGACGCCUCUGAGGUCGUUCCCCUCCAAGCUGGCCCAUGCACAGUGAGGGCUGAUAACAUCCACCGGUUCAACAGGACUUGUGAGCAGAUGAGCAAGCACCCGCCUGCUGGUGCAGACGGUGUGGAGCACUCCGAGGUCUAUACUACCUGCCCAUCAUCGUGGGCAGCAGCGUGGGGGCCUGGUCCUGCUGGCUCUCAUCACCGCAGCCUCUACAAGUUCGGCUUCUUCAAGCGCGAGUACAAGCAGAGAUGGAGGGUGAUGGGGCUGAGCCGGCCCAGGAUGCUGGCCCCGAGCCAUGGAUGUGUGGAUGUGGAGGGACCCGUCACCUUCCAGGAGGCAGUCAGGGGGUUCGGGCAGAGCGUGGUGCAGUUCGGGAGUGCCAGCGCCGGGGGGCUGCUCGUUGGGGCCCCGCUGCAGACAGGAGAUGUGAAUGAAACUGGCAAAGUCUACAAGUGUGACCCAGGCUCCAAACACUGCCAGGAGAUCCCCAUCCUGAGGCCCCCCGAUGCCGUGAACAUGUCCCUCGGUUUGUCUCUGGCUGCCCGGGGCUCCAAUCUUCUGGCGUGCGGCCCCACGGUGCACCAGGCCUGCGGGGAGAACAUGUACAUCAAGGGCUACUGCUUCCUCCUGGACCAGAGCCUCCGACAGCUCCAGCGCAUCCCAGACACCCUGGCAGAGUGCCCCAGACAUGCCACAGACAUAGUGCUCCUCAUCGACGGCUCAGGCAGCAUCAAACUUGUGGACUUUGAAAAGAUGAAGAAGUUUCUCUCUGAGAUCAUGAAGCGUUUCCGCAGCACCGACACGCAGUUCGCCCUCAUGCAGUACUCCCACAGCUUUAGAGACCACUUCGACUUCGCACAGUACAGGAGGAGCAGAGACCCCGAUAGCCUCCUCAAGUCGGUCUGGCAGCUCAGGGGAGCGACGCACACGGCCAGCGCCAUCCAGAAAGUGGUGCAGGAGCUAUUCACCUCUGGCAGAGGCGCUCGGGAUGAGGCCACCAAGAUUCUCAUUGUGAUCACAGAUGGGGAGAAAUCUGGAGACCCACUUUCUUAUUCAGAUGCCGUCCCUGAGGCUCAGAGAGCUGGAAUCAUCUGCUAUGCAAUUGGGGUCGGCGACGCCUUCUCCAGCGCUGCUGCCCAAGAGGAGCUCCAGGAGAUUGCCUCUAAGCCCAGCAAUGAGCACAUCUUCCGGGUGGACAAUUUCGACGCCCUCCAGGACAUCCAGAGCCAGCUGCAGGAGAAAAUCUUCCCCAUCGAAGGGCCCCCCGAUGCCGUGAACAUGUCCCUCGGUUUGUCUCUGGCUGCCCGGGGCUCCAAUCUUCUGAGCCUCCGGCAGCUCCAGUGCAUCCCGGACACCCUGGCAGAGUGCCCCAGACGUGCCACAGACAUAGCGCUCCUCAUCGACGGCUCGAGCAGCAUCAGACCAGAAAACUUCAGAAAGAUGAAGACGUUUCUCUCGGAGAUCAUGAAGCGUUUCCGCAGCACCGACACGCAGUUCGCCCUCAUGCAGUACUCGCACAGAUUUAUAGAGCACUUCGACUUCUCACAGUACAGGAGGAGUCGCUACCCCGAUGACCUUGUCAGGUCGGUCGUGCAGCUCAUGGGUUGGACGCACACAGCCAGCGCCAUCCGGAAAGUGGUGCGGGAGCUGUUCACCUCUGGGAGAGGCAUUCGGGAUGAGGCCACCAAGGUUCUCAUUGUGAUCACAGAAGGGGAGAAAACUGGAGACACGCUUUCUUAUUCAGACGCUGUCCCCGAGGCUGAGAGAGCUGGAAUUGUCCGCUAUGCCAUUGGGGUCGGCGACGCCUUCUCCCGUGAUACUGCCCAACAGGAGCUCCAUGAGGUCGCCUCUAAGCCCAGCGACGAGCACGUCUUCCAGGUGGACAAUUUUGAUGCCCUCCUGGGCAUCCAGAGCCAGCUGCAGGAGAAGAUCUUCGCCAUCGAAGGCACCCAGUCCCAGAACAGCAGCUCCUUCCAGCUGGAGAUGUCUCAGGAAGGAUUCAGCUCCCUGCUGUCCCCUGACGGGCCUGUACUGGGAGCAGUGGGAGCCUAUGACUGGUCCGGUGGGAUAUACCUCUACGGGAGCAGCGGGAAGCCGAGCUUCAUCAACGUAUCCAGAAUCUCCACUGACAUGAAUGAUGCUUACCUCGGUUAUUCGUCUCAGGUCGUCACAGCCAAUGGGCAGAGCAGCUACGUGGUCGGGGCCCCUCGCUACCAACAUGCCGGCAAAGUCAUCCUGUUCAGCCGGGAUUCCAAGGGCGGGGAAUGGACACCCAGAUGGGAGCUGCAGGGGGAGCAGGUCGGCUCGUAUUUCGGGGGUACACUGUGCGCUGUGGACCUCAACAGAGAUGGGAACACGGACCUGGUUCUGAUCGGAGCCCCCAUGUACUAUACACCUCUGAAUGGAGGGCGCGUCUAUAUUUGCUCAUUUAGCCGGCAGGGGGCGACGCUGAGGCAUAGGAGAACUCUGCAGGGGCAGAUAGGGCAGGCGUUCGGGCGCUUUGGGGCCAGCAUGUCCGAAAUCGGGGACAUCAGCGGGGACGGACAGACUGACGUGGCCAUUGGGGCCCCCAUGGAGAAUGACAAUCAUGGGGCCUUGUACAUCUUCCAUGGGGAAAGAAGAGGCCUCAGUCCCCAGUACAGACAGCGCAUCGAGGGGUCGCUGUUUCCCAGCAGGCUGCACUACUUUGGCCAGGCUGUCAGUGGCGGGACAGACCUGACGGGGGAUGGACUACCAGACAUCGCGGUGGGGGCACAAGGGCAGGUCCUGCUUCUGAGGUCCCGGCCGGUGCUCAGAGUCAGGGUCUCCAUCAGCUUCCAGCCCUCAAUCAUCCCCACCUCGGCCUUCGACUGCCAGGGGCAGGAGCAGCUCAACACCGAGGCCAGCAGGGCAGAGGUCUGCUUCACCGUCACUAAGAGCACCAAGGACAGCCUAGGCAACAGGAUCUUCAGCACUAUCCAGUACAGCCUGGCCCUGGACCCCGGGCGGACGAAGAUCCGAGCCGCCUUCGACUCCACCAGCCCAGUCCUGAGCAGGGAGCUGCGGCUUGGCAUCGAGACGAGAUGUGAGACGUACCAGAUAACGUUACCUCUCUGCCCUGAGGACACACUGACCCCCAUCACCCUGCGUCUCAACUACACCCUGACGGGGGAGCCCAUCACUGCUGCCAGCAACCUCAAACCCAUCCUGAGUGAGGACUCCACCGUGAUGACUGCAGGCUUGCUCCCGUUUGAACAGGACUGCGGCAGUGACAGAGUCUGCACUGAUGAACUACAAAUUUCCUUCAGUUUCUCAGGCUUGAGCACCCUGGUGGUGGGGGUCACCCCUGAACUCAACACCACCGUCUCCAUCCAGAACCGAGGGGAGAAUUCCUACAGCACCACAGUGCGGUUCUUCUACCCGGCUGCACUGUCCUACCGCCGAGUCCUACUAUUCCAGUCUAACAGGAGGGCCAUGACCGUUAAGUGCAGCUCGGCCAUGGGCUCUGAGGAGCAGACUCAGAGAAACAGCACCUGCCACGUCAACCACCCCAUCUUCUGGAGCGGGGCCGAGGCCAUUUUCAUCGCCACCUUUGACAUCUCCCCCAAAGCUGAUCUGGGGGACAGUCUGCAGAUCACAGCCAAAACCAGCAGUGACAAUGGCGGCCCCAUCACCGAGCGCAUGAUUCACCGGGCGGAGCUGCCGGUCAAAUACGGCAUCUUCAUCAUCCUCACCAGCCUCGAGGAGUCGACCAAGUAUGUCAACUUUUCCACCGAGGAGGCAGGGACAUGUGGGCCAGUGAUACAUCGGUAUGAGGUCAAGAACCUGCGGCAGCGAAGCGUCCCCAUCUCGGUCACGUUCCAGUUUCCCGUGGAACUGAGCGGGGUCCGGGUGUGGGAUGCCUCUGAGGUCGUCCCCUCCAAGCCCGAGCUGGCCCAGUGCACCAGUGAGGCUGAAACGUCUGGUUCGAAGGACUUUGUGAAGCAGAUAAGCGAGCACCCCCUGCUGGACUGCUCCGUGGCCACCUGUAAGAAAAUCCGGUGCAGAAUCGCCUCCCUGGAAAUGCAGCAGCCACUGGAGUUCAUGAUCAAAGGGAACGUCAGCUUCCAGUGGGUCUCCCAGACUCAGCAGCAGAAAGUGAGUCUGGUGAGCGAGGCCCGGAUUGAAUAUGAGGAGGAGAAAUACACCCAGAAGGAGGGAUUCGUCCAGCACCAGGUGCAGACAGUGGUGGAGCGCUCCGAGGUCUAUAACUACCUGCCUGUCAUCAUGGGCAGCAGCGUGGGGGGCCUGGUCCUGCUGGCUCUCGUCACCGCAGCCCUCUACAAGCUCAAUUUCUUCAAGCGCCACUACAAGGAGAUGUUGGAGGACACAAGGGAUGGUGUUGGAGCCAGGCUGGGCCAGAGCGACUGUGCCAAUGUCUGUCUCAGCCCUGACAUCCCCAAACAAUAGUGCCCCUGCCCCACCCCUGCCCCAGGAUGCUGUGGAUCUGCCCUUCCCAACAUCUGCCCCCCAUUGACCGCUCUGGGUCUGCACCCUGAUGACCUACUGAGAACAUCGCCCUAUAACAGCCAUGUGGGAUUGGGAGUCUGGACUUGUGAGUUCUGUCCUCGUGAG